GAGGGAACUAAUGAAAAAUAAAAAUCUAAGGAUGAACAUCUAUGGAUAUUGAUGGGCUACUCUCCCUCUCGUGGCUGCAAUUCCCCAUUUCGUCAAUUUCGUUUUACACAGUCCCUUCCCCCCGCACUCUUCAUUUGACGGGAGCACUUUUGUCUCCUGACAAAAUCCAUCUCCGCCAUAGCCAUUAGCCAAAUCUCAAAGCUUUUUUCACAUCUCUAGCACAAACGAAGGAACCCUAAUUCCCACUCGCUUUCCCUUCAGGUGGUGCUGCUUCCAGCUUCUCACUUCUGGCAGCUCAAUUCGCAGUCUCUGCCAUUUAGUUUCUCUAAAGUCUCGAACUUCCGAAUGAAGCUUUGAGGCACUUGUUGCCUGUGGCGAUGUCGGUGGAGAGAUCAUUCGAAGCGUGGGAGGAGGUUCAACGGCAAGGCCAUGACCUUGCGGAUAGGCUGGCACAGGGAUUCACGGGUCUUAUUCAAACCCAUAUGACGAACCCACCUGCGAUUCCAUGGGCGAACACUCCCAAAUCGAACAUCUUCGAUCUGGAGUUCCCCGGCCACAGUUUUAUUAGCAAGUCCAUGGAUUUGGGAGUAUUGGCGGAUAACAGAAACUCUGGGAUCGCUGGGGUUUCUGCUAUUCUGGAUAUUGGGAACAAGAUUGGACAAGCUGGUGCUGAAUUUGGAGCUGGCUUGAAUGGAUUGGUGGAGCAAUUCUUCCGGAGGUUGCCUGUUCCAUUCAAGCACAACGAGAGUAUGGAGGUUGGGGUAAGGAUAGAAAGCAGGAGAAGUGAUGUCAAUUUGAGCGUUGAAGGACAGUUGGACCUGGUGAAUACAAAGUUGAAGGAGUUUGGGUUUGUGGAGAAUGAAGGGAGAUACAUCAGUACAGCAGCUGGUGAAGCUGAGGGAGGAACGUCUGAUGGUGAAUUGGGGACGUUUGAUUUGAAGUCCAUUGGUCUUAUGGGUGGUAGUAAGCCUCAGGGAACCUUGAAUUUUACAUCGACUUAUGAGAGUAGAACUGGUAAUGUGGAGAGCUCUAUGGUUGCUAGAGGAGAUCUAUGGAGAAUGGAGGCAUCACAUGACAGUUCGACAUCAGGAAAUGAGAAUUCGUCUCUCUUCCUAGUUCAGCUUGGCCCAGUACUUUUUGUUCGUGAUAGUACACUUCUUUUACCUGUUCACCUAUCAAAGCAACAUUUGCUUUGGUAUGGCUAUGAUAGGAAGAAUGGCAUGCAUUCUUUAUGCCCGGCGGUGUGGUCGAAGCAUAGAAGGUGGUUGCUGAUGUCGAUGCUCUGCCUUAAACCAUUAGCUUGUUCGUUUGUCGAUUUGCAAUUUCCGAAUGGGCAGUUAACUUACAUAUCCGGGGAAGGUCUAACAACAAGUGCUUUUCUACCGGCCUUUGGGGGGCUUCUGCAAGCUCAGGGCCAAUAUCCUGGUGAAAUGAGAUUCAGCUUCUCUCACAAGAACAAGUGGGGAACCCGUAUAACCCCGGCGAUACAGUGGCCUGACAAGUCAUUUUCAUUGGGUUUUUCACAAAACUUAGCAUGGCAGAGAUCUGGUCUUAUGAUGAAACCAACAGUUCAGUUCAGUUUGUGCCCUUCAUUUGGUGGAAGCAAUCCUGGCUUGAGAGCUGAACUUCAGCAUUCACUGAAUGAGCAGCUGAAUCUGAUAUGUGGUUGUGCGUUCGUCCAGCAGCCUUCUGUAUUUGCAUCAGUCUCAAUUGGCAGGUCUAAGUGGAAUGGUAACAUUGGGAGUUCAGGGAUCGUUUUGAAACUGGAGAGCCCUCUAUCAGGCGUUAGUCGACCGGCCUUCUCUGUGCAGAUAAACAGUGCUGUCGAGUUUUGAAGGUCAUUCAUCAGUGUAAACCUGCAGUUUCUCCAAAGUGUAAAUAUUGGUGUAGAACUUACUGCCCACAAAGGUGUGAAUACAGACGAACAGACUUUUAUCUUGAAUGAAAAUAACCCAUCCUGCAGCUUAAAUGGUUACUAGAUUUUGAUACUAGUAGCAAAAUGAUCUCUUAACUUCAAAAACUGACGAACUAGUCACUAAAUUUCAUUUUCUUUUUA